AUGCACGCUCUUUUUUGGAACCUGCGGGGCUUUGGCCAUGAUGGCCGCCGCAGGCAGCUCAUAGAUUACAUGCGUGUGGAGGCCAUUGAUGUGGUGGCGAUCCAAGAGACAAUGUGCACUGAGUUCUCUCUAGUGGAACUUGAGCGUCUUAGUAGACACCUUUUCGCCUGGCACUGGUUGCCAUCUAGUGGGGUGACAGGUCACUCCGGUGGCAUCCUUUUAGGUGUGAAGGAUGCCACCUUUGAGGUGGGCUCCAUGGACCGUGGAACCCACUUUGUUAGCAUGGAAGUCUGGGAACGUGACGUGAACUUCAAAUGGGAGAUCAUAGUGGUCUAUGGUCCGGCCGAUCACAGUCGAUCCGCCGCCUUCUUAGCAGAGCUUCAUGCCAAGAUCUCCUCCGCGACCCUCCUGGUCGUGGUUGGAGGCGACUUCAACCUCCUUCGAUCCGCUGAGGAAAAGAAUAACUCUCGGGUGGAUUUGGCCGGGAUGCGUCGUUUCAAUGACUGGGUCGCGGAUCCGGGUCUUCGUGAGCUAGACAGGGUCGGGGCUCGUUUUACCUAG